GAAUCCUACAUGCAAGAAGGUAACCCCACGUUACCUUAUUACAUGUAACUGGCUAGAAGCCUAGAAAGUGUUCAAAUUUGAAACAAUUCCAAGUACAAAACCACCUUUGAUAUGACCCAGUUGAGCCCCUACUUUUAACAAUCCUCCAAAUUUAGUGGCAUGGACAAAUUUAGCAGAAGAACCGCACUGUUUCUUUUUUGGUUCAUCAUCGUCUCACUUCAGAUUCCGUCGACGAUCGGGGAAGGACAACAACAGGUUGAGAAGAAUGAGCAAGAGCAGACUACAUUUGGAAAAACAAUGCAAGAUACAGUCAAUGUGCUCUAUGAUACAAUUUCUGUCCUGCAAAAGUCUCAUCAAAAUGCCUGGGACAAAGUCAAAACCAUCAUAAGUGAUAUGCAAUUGCAAUUUUCCCCUCCAAAUCUAGAUUUCAGGGGUGCAGAUGAGGCAGAUGGAAAGGAUAGCACUGGCGGUCUUGGUAUGGGAGCGAAAUUGAAAGAGGCAGCUCACAAGAGUUUUGAAACAGGCAAACACACAGUUGAAGAAUCCGCAAAAUCAGCUGGCGAAGCAGUGGGAGAGACAAUGCAUAAGACAGCAGAAAAGGUAAAGGAAAAGGUCUCUCAUGAAGAGCCCCAUGCAGAGCUUUAAGAAUUUUUUGAUGCUUAAUUCGUAGGGUUAAGGCUUUUUUGGCUUAAAGAUUUGUUUCAUUGUAAACUUGUAUCAAUCUGCAUUCGUUCAGUUUGAUAACUUUAUAUCAAAAUGAAGAGUUAUGAAGAUUCAGCAAUAAGCAAA